GUCCCCUGCUGUUUCCACACCGAAUUCUCUCAACUCGUCCAAAAGAUAAUACAAUACCCAGAAGUCUUGCUCUUCCAAAUUGACUACAAUCCAUAUCGGAUUGCAGAAAAUUUGAAAUUAGAGUCUGGUAGCAAUGGCGGCUGGUUCUUCGUGGCAGCCACAAGAAGAUGGGUUGAGGAAGAUCUGUGGCCUCUUGGAGCAGCAGAUUUCUCCUUCUUCAGCCGACAAGUCACAGGUUUGGCAGGAGCUGCAGCAAUAUUCUCAGUUCCCCGAUUUCAACAACUACCUUGUUUUUAUCCUUGCCAGAGCCGAGGGGAAAUCGGUGGAGAUUCGACAAGCUGCUGGGCUACUAUUGAAAAAUAAUCUGAGAACUGCAUAUAAUUCAAUGACUACUUCUCUCCAACAAUACAUAAAAUCAGAGUUGCUACCUUGUUUAGGAGCUGCAGAUAGACACAUUAGAUCAACAGUUGGGACUAUUAUAACUGUUGUUGUUCAAUUCGGCGGGAUUUUGGGAUGGCCCGAGCUUUUGCAAGCUCUUGUUGCUUGCUUGGAUGGUGGUGAUCUAAAUCACAUGGAAGGUGCUAUGGAUGCUUUGUUUAAGAUUUGUGAGGAUAUUCCCCAAGUGCUUGAUUCCGAUGUUCCUGGGUUAGCUGAACGGCCUAUCAAUAUAUUUCUUCCUCGAUUAUUUCAGUUUUUCCAGUCAUCUCAUGCUUCUCUAAGAAAGCUCUCCUUGGGUUCCAUAAAUCAAUACAUUAUGUUGAUGCCUGCUGCUUUAUAUGCAUCCAUGGAUAAGUACCUGCAGGGUUUGUUUAUUCUUGCCAAUGAUCCUGCUGCUGAAGUGCGGAAAUUGGUUUGUUCAGCAUUUGUUCAGCUAAUUGAAGUUCAUCCAGAUUUUUUGCUGCCACAUUUGAGAAAUAUAAUUGAAUACAUCUUGCAAGUCAAUAAAGAUGCUGAUGAAGAAGUGGCACUUGAAGCAUGUGAAUUCUGGUCUGCUUAUUGCGAUGCUCAGCUACCACCUGAGAACUUGAGAGAAUUUUUGCCACGUCUAAUUCCGGUUUUGUUGUCAAACAUGGCUUAUGCUGAUGACGAUGAGUCUCUUGUUGAUGCUGAGGAGGAUGAGUCUCUUCCAGACCGAGAUCAGGAUCUAAAACCUCAUUUUCACACAUCACGAUAUCAUGGUUCUGAGGAUGCAGAAGAUGAUGAUGAUGAUAUAGUAAAUGUGUGGAACUUACGCAAAUGUAGUGCGGCAGCUCUUGAUGUUCUCUCAAAUGUGUUUGGGGAUGAAAUUCUUCCUACUUUGUUGCCUAUAAUUCAGGCUAAUCUAUCCCGAAGUGGUGAUGAUGCCUGGAAAGAUAGAGAAGCUGCUGUUUUGGCUCUUGGUGCUGUAGCUGAAGGUUGCAUUAAUGGUCUUUUUCCUCAUUUAUCUGAGAUCGUGUCAUUUCUUUUACCUCUAUUGGAUGAUAAGUUUCCUCUCAUCCGGAGUAUUUCAUGUUGGACACUUUCUCGAUUCAGUAAACAUAUUGUUCAGGACAUUGGUCAUGAAAAGGGCUAUGAGCAAUUCGACAAGACUCUUAUGGGUCUUUUACGAAGAAUAUUGGACACUAACAAGAGGGUCCAAGAGGCUGCCUGUUCAGCUUUUGCAACACUUGAGGAGGAGGCUGCGGAAGAGUUGGCACCGAGACUGCAACUUAUUUUACAGCAUCUUAUGUGUGCUUUUGGAAAAUAUCAGAGGCGAAAUCUCAGAAUUGUUUAUGAUGCUAUUGGAACUCUAGCAGAUGCUGUUGGAGGGGAAUUAAAUCAGCCAGUUUAUCUUGAAAUUUUGAUGCCACCACUAAUUGAAAAGUGGCAGCAGCUUUCAAAUGCAGAUAAAGAUCUUUUUCCACUUCUUGAGUGCUUUACAUCCAUAGCACAGGCACUUGGUGCAGGAUUCUCUCAAUUUGCUCAGCCUGUAUUUCAGAGGUGCAUAAAUAUUAUGAGGACACAACAAUUGGCAAAGGUUGAUCCUGUUUCAGCGGCAGUUCAAUAUGAUAAAGAGUUCAUUGUGUGCGCUCUUGACUUGCUCUCUGGACUUGCAGAGGGUCUUGGUAGUGGGAUAGAGAGUUUGGUUUCAGAGAGUAGUUUGAGGGAUCUGCUUCUGCAGUGUUGUAUGGAUGAUGCUAAUGAUGUCCGGCAAAGUGCAUUUGCACUUCUUGGGGAUCUUGCAAGAGCUUGCCCUAUCCAUUUGCAUCCUCGUUUGUCUGAGUUUCUCAAUAUUGCAGCAAAACAAUUGGAUACAUCCAAGUUAAAGGAAACCGUUUCAGUAGCUAACAAUGCUUGUUGGGCAAUUGGAGAGUUGGCAAUUAAGGUUCGUCAGGAAAUUUCACCGGUGGUCAUGACAGUUAUCUCAUGUUUGGUCCCGAUCCUUCAGCAUGCAGAGGGGAUUAACAAGUCACUCAUUGAAAAUAGUGCGAUUACACUGGGAAGAAUUGCAUGGGUCUGUCCAGAACUCGUAGCACCACACAUGGAACAUUUCAUGAAAGCAUGGUGCAUUUCGUUGUCAACGAUACGUGAUGAUAUAGAGAAAGAGGAUGCUUUCAGAGGUCUCUGUGCAAUGGUCAGAGCAAAUCCAUCGGGGGGUCUAAGCUCACUUGUUUUUAUGUGCCAAGCUAUUGCAAGUUGGCAUGAAAUACGGAGUGAAGAACUACAUAAUGAAGUUUGCCAAGUGUUGCAUGGUUAUAAACAGAUGCUGAGGAAUGGAGCAUGGGACCAGUGUAUGUCUGCUUUGGAGCCCAUGGUGAAGGACAAACUUUCUAAAUACCAAGUGUAGAAGUUUUUUGGUCAUCAGUGCUGGGUAUCUCUACAACCUGCAAUUCUUCAGAUACUGUAUCUACAUCAGUAACUACUGGUCAUUUUGUGCAUUGUUGGAUUGUAUUGGGAAGGUGAUUCGUUUAGGCAAAAAAAGAUCAUUGUGGUCAUUGUUUUUUCCUAGGCAAAGCAUCAGUAUUGCCUCAACCCAUCAAAUCAAGCAGAUUUGCAUCUGCCGGGAAUGCCGACAGCUUGGCUAUGUUUGGUUUGAGGGAGACAAAGCAACUUGGAAUUUGGGUGUGGAUAUUACAUAGCGGCAUGCCAGUCAGUUUUGAGAAAGUGUUUCCUUGUUUUCUGUCUUAGAAUGGCUAAAUGAUAUCGUACAUUUUCGCAUUUUGAUGAUUUAAUUAACUGGUUUUUUUUCUUUUUUAUUGGGUCCUUUUAUAAGGAUUAGAUGGGUUUUUGGUUUGCAAUCCCCAUAGGUUUUUUUUAGAAGGGGUUUUGACAUUUAUCACUACAAUUUUCUGUCCUAUAUAUGUUGCAAGGUUUGUAUCGUGAAGAAAUUUCAAUUUUUUUUUUUAUUGAAUUCAGCAAUUAUGAGAUUGGGAUUGUGGAGAACAAUAAUGCCAUGUAAUUGUUGUUA